AACUCAACAACAGAAAGUCAACCAGGAAACAGCGGCUGCUAAACUCGCCACCGUCCCGGUCCGACGGCUAAACGGCGUUAUUAACGACAGGAAUCACACGGUGUACCAGUACAGGAAUUGUAUUUUACUAUUUAGGUUGAUAUAAAACACCAACAUGGCUUCCAUUUUCAAGAAGAAGACUGUCGACGAUAUAAUCAAGGAACAGUCGAGAGACAUGCGUACCACCCAGAGACAGAUCGUCAGAGACCGAGCAGCGCUGGAGAAACAGGAGAAGCAAAUGGAGGCGGAGAUUAAGAAAAUGGCCAAGAGCGGUAAUCGCGAAGCAUGUAAGAUUCUCGCUAAGCAGUUGGUCCAGCUUAGAAAGCAGAAGAAUCGGACGUACGCUGUCAGCUCCAAGGUCACCUCCAUGACUACGAAGACCAAACUCAUGAACUCCCAAAUGAAGAUGGCCGGUGCCAUUACUUCCACAGCCAAGACAAUGCAAGCAGUCAACAAAAAGAUGGAUCCAGAGAAGACCCUGAAGACCAUGCAGGACUUCCAGAAAGAGAACAUGAAGAUGGACAUGACUGAGGACAUGAUCAACGACACUUUGGACGAGAUCUUUGAUGAGUCCGGGGACGAAGAGGAAUCUCAGGACAUUGUCAACCAGGUUCUGGAUGAGAUUGGCAUUGAGAUCUCAGGGAAGAUGGUGAGAGCUCCAGCUGCAGGAAAGAGUGUCCCCGGCGCCGCCUCCUCCUCCAAGCAAGCCACCAUCUCUGACGACGAGAUCGAGAGACAGCUCCGAGCUCUGGGAGUGGACUAAUCGUCUUCCUUGUGUUAAUGCUCGCAGUGUAAACCAGUGCAACCUUAAUACUGAUUGAUACAGACUCUGUUAGACACACUGGUUUUGUCGAGGUGCAGGUGAAACAACACACAUACAUUCAAAGGCAUGCAGGCUGGCUGAUGCGUAUUAACGCACACAUAUUCUUCUGCAAGUUGCCUUACAGAUCAUUAGGGCAGAAAAUCUAAAAAUAUUUAUGCGAAACUAAUAUUUAUGACGACAUUAGAGGGCCCACAACUCUACGGUGGAUCAACGAUUGAUACUUGACCUAAGGAAGCACCUGUUUACCACCGGUCUGUCUUCAUAAGGGCUACAAGCGUUUAUGUGAUCUUUUCCCUUCUGAUGUUUCGGUCAAUCUUGACUUAGUCCUAUAAUCUAUCAGCUUUUACGUGAUUAGAGGUGGGUGAUCUUUCUUCGGGGAGUUAUUACGACUACAGCAUGGGAAUUAAAAAGCGCUUUGGGGUUGGAACUUGUAUUUUUCCUACUCGGACUAUUUACCUGCUAUCUUUGUUGCCAUUGGUCAAUCUAAAAACCUUUCUUAUUUACUUCCCUUGAGGCAAACUAUCCUCGUUAAGGCACACUGGUUGCGACGUUUUGCCGGUGAAUUGCCUCUCUUUGAUUUUUCUGUCAUCCUGGGGUUUCACAGUCAGGAUACACACAACCCGUCACCAUACAAGCAAAACAACCGGUCAACGAGCUAAUUAAUCGCCAUGUUUGUUUUUUUUUUUACAAUCUUUAGGUAUGCUCCUAUAGAUCCCGGAGACAGAUAUGUGCAUGAGGAAUGUGUAACUGACAUUAAUACCUUCAGGCUGUAGUAAGGCCUUCACAUUACUUGCAUGAGGUGGUGAGACAUUGAUCUGAGGGCAUUUCAUUAGUGCCACUCAAGUUGUGAUGCCGUGCAGAGUGUGCGAGCAAACUUAAUCAGACAGAAAUUAGGACUAAUGAAAGACUGGCAUAUCAAAGAGGUUUGUAUCGAUUGUCUGACGCUAGCGAGUAAUCAAAUGAGUUUUGUGGUUCAUGUUUGAUUCACACAGUGAUUGUAGGAUGGCACCGGUCCUGCAGUCCCUCUUCUGUUUCAGCUGCUGUGCAGUUACUGUCAUUUGUUAUUUUAAGCUGCCUCACUCCAACAAACACACGUACACAACAGCAACACGAUGAUGGAAGGGUUUGCUAAAAAUGACACUGUGAUCUAAGAGAUGCUUUUUUUCUUUUUUCUUUUCUCCAGGGCUGAAGCUGACUUUUCUAUACAGUGAUUUGUUAAUGUCAGCCAGCUCCAGGCUUCGUGAGAGUGACGGCGACAUCCUCUCAUAGUAACGUUGUCACUCUCUCUCUCUAUGGCCUUUUGUUUCCUUAUCGAUCCACAUUGCCAAAACAGAAACGUCUCAUUCUUGCAUGUGUCUGACAUGUACAAAUCAUAACUCAUUGAACUUUUUGCAAAUCAUCCGCUCCUCUACCUUUUAGCAGUCUAUUGUAAUUAUGAACAGAAUCAAUGUUUUAACAGAUUUUGACAUUGUGUGAGUGCAGUUCCAUGAUUAGGACAUUUCCACACAAUGUAAAAGGUGUGUGUAUACUCAUUUUUGUUUCCUUCUUAGUCAUUAUAAAGUGACUCUGUAAAGGGUUAUGGCUUUUAUAAGGAAUAAAGUUUCUUCAGGUACAACCUA